UCUGAGGGAGAGGUGUCGAUCAGCAACCCGCGGGACGAAAGUAACGUGUUCUAGACUCGGGUAGACUUGAUGCUGUGUUGGUCUGUCAGGAUUAACUUGCACUAGACGCAGGGGCCGCUACUCGCUGAUUGCACUGUCACGUCACGACAUUUGUGUCGCCGUGCGAACCUGUGUGACGAUACCUGUGACGAUACCUGUGGGCAGGCACCUGUGUGACCAUACCUGUGGGCAGGCACCUGUGUGACCAUACCUGUGGGCAGGUACCAGUGCUAGAAAGUUCCUGGAAACAGGUGUUCAUGUGAGAAGGAUGGCCUAGUGGGCCAACAUCAGCCCUUGUCCUAUCCCAGCAUGGCUCCGUGGGCCAUCUUAGUGGCCUUCACCUUGCUGGUCUGUACUUCCGGUCAAGAAGAGGCCGUGAGUCACCUGAUCCUCUUUGACUCCCUCCCUGAAGGCCACGCCCACUCCAGGACAGUCAACCUUGACGUGAGGACAAAUUACUCGGGUCAGGUCCAGAUUGUCGACUCGAAAGAUUUUAAAAUUAUCGUCAACGUCACAUCGGCAACAUUAGAGGAAACUUAUAUGGCCAACGUCAGCUUGUUCUCUGAUCACAGAGGGGUGGUACUGGAGAUUAAAGAGGGCCGAGCCGCACCUGAGCCCCUCAAUUUGAUCUGGCUCUUUAUUGGUAUCAUUGGGGCCACACUUAUUGUUGGCCUGUGUACACUACCCCACACAAUCAAAUGGUACCAGAGAGAAUGUGAAAAGCUGGACAUUGACCACAAGAGUUUGACCAGCUCCUCCCAGCACGGCAACAUCUACCGCCCUGUGGGUCACCUCCUGGGGGGUGACCACCUGAUGCUCCGUGCUGACGACCUUGACCACUCCAGGAGUCUGCACUGUGAUGACGAGCUUAGACAAGUUCCAGAGAUGCCGGAGGAGGAGGAGGCAGAGGCUAUUGAGAUGGAACAGCUGAAUAAAUUGAAACUCCAGGAAGAGAUGGAAUCAACAACAGAAACUGAAGAUGAUCGCCAAGAGAAGAAUCUCAACAGAAGCAAGCUCAACUCCCAGACCAAAACAGUACACAAAGACCUGAUCAGGAAACCUGGGAACCCAAAGAAAAUGGUUUCCUACAAGAGGACGCAGAAUGGCGUGUACAGGGGGCUGCCAACUGAGCAGGAAGAGACGUCCAAUGAUGAAGCAGACGUCAGCGAGUUGAAGUCUGACUCUGAAAACUCCCAGUUGCUGGAGCUACAGGUCAUGUUAGACUCUGGCGACACCAAACUGCCCAGAAACUUUGAAAAACUCAACCUGGAGAGUUUGCAGGAGUCAGCCUAUGCUAAUGACCCCCAGACAGAGCCAGGGGUUCUGGUGGCUGCAGACGUACACAAAAUGAAUUCCGCAAAACCAGAACUUGUCUACAUCUCUAAAGAGAAGCCCCCGAAGAAUGGGAACAUCUACACCACUCAGUCAGAGCUCAAGACAGCCCUGACUACAUUCUGCCAGCCCCAGAAGAGGACCGAGUUUUAUGACAACACCAAAGAUGGCCAGAAGUUUUCCCCUCCUCCCCAGGACAGUUUUGAUCCUGUCGGCAGGAAAGAUCCCAUUGACUCGUCUUGGUUCACCCACAACCUAGCCGGCAUGGGGAAUAUUCUAGAAGACCCAAGGGAAGACCAGGUUAGUGUGAUCAGUGAUGGCGCCAACUCCACCUCCAUGUACGGCAGCAGUGAAAUAUUUGACGCCAGCGAGGGUGGCAAGAACUACUACAACAUCGACUCAGACACGGACAUCCCCCCACUGGACUUUGAUGACAUUUUGUCUGACGGUGGCUUGCCUAGUCCGCUGGGGAUGCCGUUCAGUAGAGAAGGGAUGCGCGGCAAAGUCAAUGAUGACAUCAAGGUCAUCCCAGGGGCUCUUAAGUCCCCUGGGCCCAAUGUCUUAAACAAGGUCAACAUCUCCAAACCUCGGCCAUACAGCAGCAUAGACCUCAGGACAAAACCAGGCCAGGAAUCUUUAACCAAACCAGAUGAUUCUCUCUACAUGAACUCAUCCGCACAGAGGUCAGGCAAGGAGGCGGAGCAGGCCUCACGUCCAGCCAAUGGGGAGCCAGAAUCAGCUUUUGAGUUCCCACCCCCACCCAAAUACUUGAACCAACCCCACAGAGAAAAACCCAAGCAGACCACCCAGGGGGAGUAUAUACAGAUCAAACAACCUAACCAGGGACCUAAAGGGGACCAGGGACCUAAAGGGGACCAGGGACCUAAAGGGGACCAGGGACCUAAAGGUGGCCAGAGACCUAAGGGUGAUGAUGUGCAGCCAAAACCUGGCAGAAAAGCUUCACCACUUAAUCCAACUUAUAUGAACCUGGUGCUGGUCUCUACCCUCUGUGUGCUGACCUUAGUGUCUGGCGCCUACAGUUCCAUGGGACCUCGUGAGACCAGAGUGGACGUUACCAUUUUUGCUCCUAGACACCUGCUCUCCAACUCUACACGAAUUUUUUUCAACUUUUAUAAAGACACGGAGUUCAUCAAUGGUGACAACUUUAACACCUUGGUGUACGAUGUGCCAGAGAACUUUCUUCACUCUGAUGCUAAGGCUGGCAGGAAGUGCCAGAACUCAUCAUGUGACCAAGGCUGUGACCAGCAGACUGGACACUGUAUUUGUUUUAAAGGCUACAAAUGGGACCCCUCAGGCCAGUGUCUGGAUGUGAAUGAAUGUAUGGAGGGUAAGGCCAAAUGCGAUAAAUCAGCGGGAUGCUACAACAGAAAGGGAAGCUACGACUGUAUUUGUGGCGAAGACUUUUACGGAAAUGGAAAAACUUGCAGGGAAUGUAAACAAGCAUGCCCAGAGAACCAUUAUGAAGCACAACCUUGCAGCACUGAUAAACAAAAGAUUUGCAAAGCGUGCACACAAAAGUGUAGCAAUGGACAUUUUACUGCCAGGCGGUGUUCCCAGUUCAAAGAUGCUCUGUGUAGAGGUUGUAAAAGCCAAUGUCCAGCUGGUGAAUUUGAGCUGAAGCAGUGUACUGAGUACCAUGAUAGGGAGUGCAGUAAUGUCUCCCUCAUUGAACUGCCCGCGGUGUCCAGCAACAUCAUCCUAGAAGAAAAGAACCACAUACAGACAGACAGCGCCGUGUUGGACAAACUCCCUGCACAUUACGUCGGCUUUACCAGAUACUCUUUGAGCAGAGGUACAGGUAUUGUUGUGGACUUGACCGUCAGGUUUAUUGACGCUACCCAAAGGUUCCAGCCGGUCAGUCUGGCCAAGACAUCCAGUAUGGACAGCAUGCUGCCAACAGCGCUGAAGUCUGAGCAGGUCAAACUGUACUGCCCCCACCCCGUCCCUAACUACUACACACUCAAGUUGAGGAAACAUGAGGGCUACACCUACAAGCUCAAUGAAAACGGUUCAAUCGAAGAGUGUGACACCAACAAACAGCUUUCUGAUGACUAUUUUAAGAUCUCCAAGAACAGUAACUCAUUUAUUUGUUCACAACCAGGAAGUUUAACCUCAAACUUUAUCAUCGAGGAAGAUUUUUUUCUGGCCAAAACUAAAUGGGUUGACAAGAGUAAAAGAUGUCAGCGCUACAGUCAGACCUGUGAGACCUGUAUCACUGACUGUAUAGCUUCCCUCAUCCGCCAUGAUGACCCAGUCUGUUCCAUUUCUGACAAUGACACUUACAGUGGCAACUCUGUCAAAAUCAUGAUGUGCUACAACUGCUGUGUGAAGAAAAACUGCUCAACUGUUUGUAAAGAUUACCACAAGAGGAGAUGUCAGCCUGAACAAUGCUCCAAAGGCAACAUCCUUGAAUUCAUCUUGGAGCCAUCAUGGGAUAGCAUCCAAGACUCGCGGUACUUUUGUCACAUAGCCCCCAUGAAAAAACAGCGACUGCUAGAACUAGACUACACCAUCAAAUUUUCCCAGUUGAAUACACCAUUGUACUCCAGCACCAUACAGGUCUUUGGAGACAGUCAGUGGGAGAAGCAAGGUCACAUGACAGCCAGUGAUGGUAUUCUAGAAAUCUUGGUCAACUCAAGUCUGGGCACAGUUCCUGACAUGAUUGAAGGGGAGACGACCGUGAACAAAAACAUUUUUAAUGCCGGCAGGUACAACUCAGACGCGACUUUAAGAUUUGGGUCAGCUGCUUUUGGCACCGACACAGUUCGCAUUCGGCCGCCCGUGCCCCAUGGCAUCCCACCCAUGCCACCAGCCCAGCAAGACUGCACAUACCCUGCCAUGAAUGAGAUGCUACUGGACACGCUGCCCUACAAAUCCUUGUCGCACCUGGAGGCUGUGACCAACCAUUCCGUCCCAUUUUUGAUCACCAACAAAGACCAGUCCCCCGUGGUCAAGGCUAGCCUAUCCCGUACAGUACCCCUGCUGCAGAAAGUUUUCUCCCCCACUUUAUUGGAGGCUGAGAGAUUUUCUGGCAACUUGAUUCAAAAUAACACGCACUGGCUUGUCCUACUCACUGGAGCAGUCAAAAAGUGUCCAGGUGUGUUGAACUUGAAGCUGUACAGCAGUGCUAGCCCUGCUGCUGCCCUGAUGGACUGUGACCUGGCUGUCAUGUGCCCACCAACCUUCUCCAUCAACUUCACCAUCCCAACAACUGACCGGCCUGGCUCAGCUAAAGAGAUUCUGGUCGUUGUUCAAGAUGAAAUCAAAAUCCACAAUUUCAGGAUUUACAGGCGGGAAGUUGAUGCUGGGAAAACAGAAGUAGUGGUAGCAGAAAACAAAGAACCUGCUAGAACCUUUGCCAUGACCCCUAGAAGAAUGCCGAGUCUCCCCCUGGGACUGCCGUAUCUGUUGGCCAUUGCGGGCAGCGUCCUGCUCCUGAUUGUCUUGGCCAUUAUAGGAUUAAUAUUUCAGCCAGGUUUACCAGAGACCCAGUUUGCCCGCUGGUACCACCCUGUGUUUGCUGUUGUCUACAUGAUGUUCCAGUUCUUGUACAGUGCCAUCAUUUCUGGAACUUUCUUCUUCCUCAUCCUGACAGCAGUCACACACGAUCAUGUCAGCUACAUCCUGCAGCACGGCCCCACUGGGGGUCUCAGCCUUGACCCUAGCCACAUUGACCUGCUCCACCUGCAGCGCUACCUGGAGAAAGAAAUCAGAAGACAGGACUUGCUAGCAGACGCCUCACAAAAAUCUUGUUUUCAAGAUGUCACAAAAAUUGUUGCAGAUUUCAAACAGCUCCAUCAGGCGCUGCUGACCUCAACACAAGACAUCUUUGACCGGCACAGGCUUGACCUACUCCUGGAGAAACAGAAAAUUCAUGUCAGGGAAAAGCUGAACAAAGAUCUGAACAAUUUUAGGCAAGCCUUUGCUGCCACUGCUAAGUCUGUGUUACGACAAGUCAACCAGAACGCCCAGGCAUCAUUCCAGAACGUCUUCUACAACAACACCUGGCUCAAGGGCCCCAGAUUUUUGCAUGAACAGGUCACACUUUUGAAAAAACUGGCCAAUUUGGAACAAAAAGAUUUCAUGCAGUGGACUGGAAUUAAAGCUGAACUUUCUAAACUAGAAAUUGACCUGUCUUUCUCCUUGCCUGCCCUGCCCAUGCUGGACGACCUCAUGGCCUUGCCCUUUGAUAAGCCACCAAUCAAAAGAAACACAGUUGAAAAUAUGGCUCAGAAAGAUCCCAUCCGCAGCAUUCAAAUACACAACAACUGGUUUUUCCCUUUAAAUGGAGAGUUAGAGAAGGCACCACGUUACAAGUCGCCGCUCAAGCAAACUGAGGAGAAGCAGAUGGGAAACUCAGUCGUGUUUUUUAUAUUUCUGGGACUUCUCCUUGUGUGUGACCUAGUACUUCUGGCACACCGCAUGUGCAAAGCCUGGACAUUUGCUCGACUUCUUCUCUUUGGCUUCCCGGAAUAUGUCAGACAAAAGAAAGGAGAAGAAGCUAUUGUAGACAAUGUAUUUGCAUCAAAAGAAUCAAAAUCCAAGUUGGCACCUGCCCAAAGUUGCCAGAAUUUUCCAGUUUUUCAGUUUAUUAAAAUAUUUUUAACUCAGACCAUUUCCACUACAUUUUUUCCGAAGAUCGUGGGUGCCAUCGCAGCCUCCUUCGUCUUAAUCUCAGUUUUAAAUUUAAGUAAUAAAUAUCUGACAGUCAAAGAGCUGGAGGCAAUGGGACUCUAUCACAGCUGUGAUAAGUACCUGAACGUGCAAGUGGAGAUGUCCAACGCUAGAUUGGUGACCCACGCCAGCUACAUCAACACGGUAGAUCUACCAUCAUUCCAAGCUGUGGUCAACGGCUACAUCAGCAGACACAGGACAGUCUUCAACAUCUACAGUAAACAGCUUCAUGGGUUACAGAAACUGAGUCAGGAGUACUGUGAACACCUGAAGGCCAUUGGUGCUUCAGGUGAGUGUCAGGACCCAUCUCAGGACCAGGACAGUCUGCAGGAGGUUUACAGCUGCAGCUUCCAGCCAGUGGUGCCAGAGCUUUUUGUCAGGAAAGUACAAAACACGCCACCAAUAUCGGAGAAACAGACUGAGUCUGUGCUGGAUAAUCUGCGUCACAUUAUUUUCUACACAAGUCAGAUGAUUGUCAUUUUCCUGUCUGUUGUCAUUCUGAAAGAGCUCAUCUGUGCUGUCCUGUGGAUACUUAUACAAAGGUCUGGAGUCAUACGUUUGAGGAUUAUUGUAGAGAGAGAAGCUGAUGAAAUGUAAUUAUAUUCAAAUUACAUGGAUGUGAUUACAGACAUUGAAAGUUUGAUGGUGAUUACAGAACUUGAAAAUAAUGUUUUGAGUUUAAUUAAGACUACAUUUCUAUUUAUUUUCAUCAAGCCUAAGUUAUAACUGGAUGUUUCACUUUCCUAAAACAAACAUUGAUUGGCUGUACAGGAAUUCCAUGAUCGAUGGUUAUUUUUUUACAAACUUUGCAGAUAAAGUUUUUAAAUAACAUAAUGCUAUUUUAAACCACAUGACCUAGUUCUGUCAUUUAAAUUACAUUUUGUAAAAUAAAAUUUAUGCUAGCCUAUUGAAUAGCAGGAUGUCAUUGUUAAUGUUGCCAUUACCAUGUUAAAACCAAAUUGCUUUUGCCUUUUUUUUUAAACUUUUUAAUUACCGAAAAUACUAAAACAUCAAAUACAUCCACUCUUUUUUUAAAGUCAGAAAAAAAAAGUCAGGAUUUUAUAACCAUAUUAAUUUUAUUUACCCAGCGCAUGAUUUUUUAAAAUAUUUAAUAGGCCUCUCAAAUACCUUUGAGACUAUUCUCACGUGGGUCCAUUUAUACAGUUUGUAAAUCAUGAUUGGUGUACUCUCAAACCCAAGUUUUUCUCUAGAUGCUUUACACCAGUAGUCCCCAAAGUGAGCAGUACUGAAAUGCAGAUUUUCUAAUUUUUAUACCAGUCUAAGUCAAACAAGAAAUUUGUCUGCUGUACUUAAUACAGUGCUACACACAGCGUUGUUAAUUCAAUGCAAAUUAAAUAUUGAUCUACAUUGUGAGUAUUCCAAAUAUAUUUGCUUAUAUGGCGUCUAAACUUGUAUGUGUCCUUGCUUUCAGUAGUUGCAAGAGUGGAUCACUUUAGAACUUGAAUUUGUUGUAAACAAAGAUGAUGCUUUAAUUAUUUAAAGUAAUUACUGGCCAACAUUAUUACAUAAGUUAGGUGAUCUCCAAUUUGACUUCAGUCAGUGACUUAAAGAUAUUUUUAAAAAUGAAUACGCCAUGUUGAGUAUUUUUUUAGAACAUUCCCCAAAACUACAAGAAAAACUGAGAGGUUGCCACAUAUAGGAGUUUAAAUUCAAAGAUGGCCACAUUCAGCUCAAUGGCUGAUAGAAGUUGAUUCUUGGUUAGGAGAUUCACUUUUGCUGCUUUCAGUGUAUUUCAUACAUAGCAGAUUUAGUGCAGUCGCUAACUAUAUUAUUUCUUGACUAAAAUAUCCCAAACAAGAAAUAUUUAAAAUAAAAGAUUUUGUUAGGGGGUAUUGGGUGAAUUUUUUUUAAAGGGGUUGUAGAAUGGAAAGUUUAGGAAAUACUACUUUAUACUAAAACCUAUUUUUUAAACUGCUAGAGCAAUGUUGUAAAAACACUAAUUAGUGUUUGUACAGUUGUUUGUUCUUUUUACUGUUAUGUAAAUAUAUACAAAUGUUUUAUACUAAAGCUAGAGUCAUUUAUAAAAAUAUUUGUCUACCGUAUAAUUUGCAUCAUUUCAUUCCAGCUUAAAACUGUAAAUAGUGUUUUCACCUGUACAGAUCUAUUCUUGUGUAAAUGUUGAGAGAAUGUCAUAAAUGUGUUCUUCCAUUGGUGUUGUUUCAUCAUCUGACAUUUUUAUUAGGAGUUUUGCUACUUUUAUUGUAAUAGAUAGCACGUUUCAAAACUUUUAUUUUUACUCAACUUCAUCUUUAAUUUAAUUGACAGUAAAAACUGUACAUAUUUGUAGUUAAAUAGCACAUUUUUAUAAAUCUAUUUUUGUCAACAUUUGUCUUUUAGUCAGCUGUAAAAGUACCUUUUUUGAAUUAACUUUUUGAUGAUUUAAAUAUUUUUUUUAGACUACUGCUUUAUAACCUAUCUGUUAAUGCUUCCUUAUGUAGUAAAGUAGAUGAAUAUAUUUAUAUUAUCUACUUACAUAGAUACAUUAUCUGUUCAUUUUGGAUGGUUUGUUAUGUUGAAAAAAAAAGCAAAUAUCUAUGUAAGAGGAAUGUAAGUUGUAAAUACCUUUGUUUAAUAAAGGUAAAAUUAGUAUGAAGUC